AAAUCGAGCUAUGUGUGCAUGAAGCACUUUACUAGUGAAGAUAUUGAAAAUAAUACACAGUUCUAAAUGGGUAACAUAUUGUGUAUUUUCAUAUUAACUGCAUUUGAUUUUGUUUUGUAAAUGCCUUAGGUUUUGCAAAACUUCGUCGUUUAAAACGUGGUGCGGUGCCUACCAUUUACGAAGAAAAUCUGGGGGAUUCCCAGCGUACGGAAAGAACAUUAAACAACAUUUAGGUGAUGGCAUAAUUCCACCAUGCAUUUAGAUGUGUUUUGUUGCUUCUGGUAUCUAAUGCCCGUAUGAUACUACGUUUUUUUCUUGUAUUUCGAGUGUAUUUUACGCUGUAUUUUGAAAGAAAGAGAAGGUCACAUACAAUUUCAGUACUUGUGUAAGCGAGUAAGCUAUAUACCAAAAAACAAACGAAAAACUAACGAAAAACAAACUAGGUUGUUAAAAACAGUCCGGCCAACUUGUAUUUCGUUAGGUUUUUUUGACAGAUGGCUGUAUUUCGUUAGCUUUUUUACACAGCUGUUUGCAUUUUGACAUACGAGAGAUUUUCUAAGCAUACAAUGGAAAUACAAGUUUUAUCUAUUGCAACAAAUUGUUUGCUAAACGCUGCUGCCUUAAUACAGCGUAGGAAAAAGAAAAAGACUAAAAAAAAAUAUUCUGCGCAAUGGCUUUUAAAAAGAGAACUGGAAGGAUUUAGCCAUAAACUGUUAAAGGAAAUUGAGUGCGAGGAUUCAAUCCUUCACAAAAAUAUCUUAAGAAUGACUCCAGCUCAGUUUGCAUUCUUAUUAGAAAAAGUACGCCCCUAUAUUAGCAAGCAGGAUACAAAAUUCAGGAACUGCAUAGGAGCUGCGGAACGGCUGCAGCUGACAUUGCGAUAUCUAUCCACUGGUGAAACCCAAAGGUCACUUCAAUUGCCGUUCCGAAUUCAGCAGUCAACCAUUUCCAGAAUUUUAAAGGGAUCAAUUCCCGCAAUAUAUUUGGCGUUAAGGGAGGAGUAUUUGAAAUUCCCUGCAAGUGAGCAAGAUUGGCGUGAUAUUGCAAAAGACUUUUAUCAGAUGUGGGGAUUCCCGAACUGCAUCGGCGCUUUAGAUGGUAAACUAACAAUUAACACUUUUAAAUUCAAUCAAACUGAUGAAACGUCUCAGGAAAGCAUUGCAGAAUACUGCCAGUGAGGAAAGCGGGAUCUACGUAUUUCAAUUACAAAGGAUACCAUUCAUUUGUAUUGAUGGCAAUCGCUGAUGCCCACUAUCGUUUUAUUUAUGCUGAUGACGGUGUUAAUGGGAGAGUGGGUGAUGCUGGAAUUUGGUUGAACUCGGACCUGAAAUACGCUAUUGAAAAAAAUGAAGUACAUAUACCAGCCCCAUGCACGCUCCCUUUCAUGUCAACUCCCUCGUCUUUUGUGCUUUUAGCCGAUGAUGCCUUUGCUCUAAAAGACUACUUAAUGAAACCUUACUCUCAUCUAAGACUAUCACCAAGCGAACUUAAAUACAACAACAUACUUUAGAGGAACACGCGCGUUGUUGAAAAUGCUUUUGGCAUUCUUGCGAACCGUUUUCGAGUUUUAUUUUCACCCAUCCAUCGCGCUCCAGCUGCAGCCAUUCAGAUUGUAUUAUCUUGCGUAUGUGUGCACAACUUUUUAAGAACAGAAAAUGUGAAAAAGAAAACUACGUUUGACGCCAUUUCCGAAAAUGAAAUAGAUGCUGUUACUGAUUAAAACACGCGUUGACAAUUUACCAAUACAGGCUUUAUUCAUCCGCUUAUCUGUGCACAAGAUGGAAGCUAAAAAGAGUUUUCGUCGCCUUUUAUAGAAAAUUUCAGGAAUUUAGAGUACCGUACAAUGAUUCUUAACGAAACAAACAAAUGUAAUCACAAAACAGAAAUGAA